AUGAUCAGGCUUAAUUCUCAUGUCAAAAGGUCAUUUCCAAGGAUAAGAAUACCCAUCGGACCUCCCCCAAAUGUUAAUCCAAGCUUGAGAUACUCAUCACACUAUGCAAGACAAUAUACAGCUAAUCAAGGAAGAAGAAAUUGGAGCAAAAUCAUACUGACAACUCUUGGUGGUAUUUCAUUAAUUGGGUUCAGUGCUUGGUGGGUCUACUGGCCUCAUCAUACUUUCCCCAAAUCUGUGGCAAAGAUCUUGAGAAAGGCUUUAUGGGCAGAAUCUGAAAAAGGUGAAAAAGAUUAUUCAACUGCUCUGAAACAUUAUUUGGAAGCAUUGGAAGAGGCUGAUAAAUUAGAAUUAGAUCCAUUAAGUGAUGAAUAUACUGGAAUCCAAUUGAAAGUCGGUGAAAUGUAUGAAAGAUUGAAUAUGAAUGAACAUGCUUUGAUGGUGUAUUCAGAGAUUGCAUCUGCCUAUUUGGAUGGGUUAAUUACUCCAAAUAAAAUCAAAAUUGGUGAUAGACCACAUAUUAUUCAAAAAGACUUGAGGGUUGUUGUCAAAAUCGUUGAAUUGAAUAAAUCCAAUCCAUAUAACUCUAAAAUGUUACUGAUGACCCAUUUCAUGAUUGCUCAAGAAGAAGUUGCCAAAAGAAGCAAAGUUGUUUCCAAUAUGAUUAAAGAGGAAAAAGAACGGGUAUUAGCCGAUGUUGCAAAUGUGGGUGAAGUUCAGUAUACAAACCCUAUUAAGGAAGAUUCCAUGGAAGUUGGUAAGGAUGAGAAAGUUAUCAUUUUGGAAAGAAACAGAGAAGCUUGGGAACCUUUCCGUGAUGAAUUGUUCAAUGCAAGAGAUUUGUACGUUGCCAUCUGUCUAGCUACUGGUGACUUACAAUCAGCUGUUCGUACUAAAAUCGCAACAACUGAGUGGAUGCUGAAUGCUGAUUGUGAUCCAGGUGAAAUCUUGAUGUCUCAAACUAAUCUAGGCUCCCUGAUGUAUUUACAAGCUGAAGAAUUUGAAAGUAAAGAAUCCCGUGCCAUUAAGCAAAAAUUACCAGAUGCAAUGAUUGAAGCUGAAAGAUUCAACAAACAAAGUUGUAUCAGUUUGGCCCUAAGAUGUUAUGAAUCAGUUUUGGCGUUUUCCAAAGAACUACCAGCACAGUUACGUCGUGAAGAGAAUGUUGAAGAGUCAAUUGCUCUGUCAACUUAUGGUUUAGGUGUUGUAAAAUUACAUCUUGGUGAAUUGGAAGCGGCAAAGAACCUGCUUCGUGAAUCAAGACUUAGAGCCAAAGGUAGUGGAUUCAGUGAUCUUGUCAACGAAGCUGAAAGAGAGUUGGAAAAAUUAUCAAAAGAGGUUGAGAGACUUGAAAAAGAAGGUGCGAAAAAGGAAUCUGAAGAACAAAGAAUCAAGAAUCUUUUGAGCAAAGGAAACGACCAACCAGACAUUGAGCUCGAUAUCCAACUGAGUAAGCAUAAAUAA